GUUUCCCCUCUGCCUCGUUGUAUCACUACGAGCCUUUUUCGAACUGUUACACUACAAGCCUCUUUCGAACAACGAAACAUAUACGAUGAGAUCAAGCAGACGUAACUUAGGAUUGAGACCAGAGUAUAGUCCGGAACCAACACCACCGAACUCAGAUAUAUUAGUACCAGAUUCAGAAGGUAACUGGAAUAUCGAAAAUACUUUAGAGGAAGAAGAAAGAAUUAGGAAAGAAGAUGAACAAGAAAAUCGAUUGAAUGAAGAAAGAAGCGAGGAAGAAAUUGAUAGUUCAAUUGAAGAAAUUAAAUUGAUAAAGAACAAAUCAAAAAUCAAAGAUAUAAACUGGUCUUCUGAAGAUGAUUCAUCCUCAUCAAGUUCUAAAGAGAAAACGAUAAAAUUAGACCAAUCGACUUUGAUAGAUAAAGCUUAUAAAGCUUUAGAUUUAGGUGACUCAAAGUUAGCGAAGAAGUUGUUAUUGAAGAUGAAAGUGGAAGAAUUGAUAAAUACUACGAAAUCAACAUCCGAUAAAGCGAAUCCAAUGUCCAAAUACAAAAGUGGAAAGACAGCAAACAACACUUUAAGACGCUUCACGGAUUACUGGGACAACCACCUGAAACUGAUGGACAUUCAUUUCCCUUUGACUAUAUUCAAUUCUGAAUGGAUAGAAUUUGAUAGUUUGAUAGCAGGAAAGAGUAUGUCGAAGAAGAAAGACAAACCGACAGGACAACCCGCCAAAAAUGAAUGGUGGCUAUCUUUCGCUGAUUGGACUAGAGCGAGAAUUUUAAUGGUGAAAUACUUAAAAGAGCAAUACGGACAUGAAGCCUUUGCAAAAGAUUUAGAAAAGCACUUCGAAUACGUUCAGCAAUUAAGUGAUAGACAUGGAUGGAUAGUCGCAUUUAGAUAUGACAUAGCUGUAAGAAACGAUGUCACUUGUAAUCGUAUCGAUGGAGCUCCAGGCGAUCCAAGCGAAAGACGUCAGGAAUUUCUAGAUGACGCGAUAGCUAGAACCGCCUUCUUACAAGCGGUAGCCCGGAGGAUCUGGGGAUGGCCUGAUACAGCUCUGAGAGUCCUGAGAAUCCUGCCCUAAGCCAUGCCUCAUGGGUUUACAUCAUAUAAAUCAAAUUACCCAUACUCUCAGAUAUUUCACUUACAGCCGUUCCCGAAAAGGUUGCUUUUUUGAAUUUUUUUUUGGGGCGGUUAGGGCUGUUAAGAUCAGAUAGGGUCAGAUUUUACUC